CUGCGCAGCCUCACUAGGAACAAGGCCUGGGCCCCGGUUGGGAAGUGUCUGCGGGAGGAGGAGGAGGAGGAAGAGUAGGAGGAGGCCGGCUUUCUUCUCGCCCUCCAGGGCCAAGGAGGACCAGACUCAGGCCAGGCCCAGGCAGGCCCUUCUCGCCCGGGAAGAAGAUGCUGCCCCUUUCCAUCAAGGACGAUGAGUACAAGCCGCCCAGGCUGAACCUGCUCCACAAGGUCUCCGGGUGGUUCAGGUCGAUCCUAUCGGACAAGACAUCCCGCAACCUCUUCUUUUUUCUCUGCCUCAACCUCUCCUUUGCUUUCGUGGAGCUGCUGUAUGGCAUCUGGAGCAACAGUUUAGGUUUAAUAUCAGAUUCAUUUCACAUGUUUUUUGACUGUACAGCUCUGUUAGCUGGACUGGCAGCAUCUGUAAUUUCUAAGUGGAGAUCAAAUGAUGCUUUUUCCUAUGGGUAUGUUCGAGCAGAAGUGCUAGCUGGUUUUGUAAAUGGUCUGUUUCUGAUCUUCACAGCUUUCUUCAUUUUCUCUGAAGGUGUUGAGAGAGCGCUUGAGCCUCCAGAUGUACAUCAUGAAAGACUUCUUCCUGUUUCUAUACUUGGUUUUCUUGUAAACCUUGUAGGAAUUUUUGUGUUUCAACAUGGUGGACAUGGCCACUCCCAUGGGUCUGGACAUGAACAUAGCCAUUCACUGUUUAACGGGGCUCUAAGUCAUGGUCACAGUCAUGGUGGGCAUGGUCAUAGUCAUGAUUCCAAGCAUGGCCAUGGCCAUGGGCAUUCUCAUGAUCAUAGCCAUGGGCAAAGUCAGGAUUAUUGUCAUGAUGAGCACCCCAUUGAAUUGGCUGGUGGAUCCAGCAAACAGAUUUUAGAAGGUGUAUUUUUGCACAUUCUUGCUGAUACGCUUGGAAGUAUUGGUGUAAUCAUAUCUGCACUACUGAUGCAGAACUAUGGCUUAAUGAUAGCUGACCCUGUCUGUUCAAUGCUGAUAGCCCUGCUUAUAGGAGUAAGUGUUGUUCCACUUCUGAGAGAGUCUAUUGGAAUUUUGAUGCAGCGAACUCCUCCCUCGUUGGAAGGGGCUCUGCCUCAGUGCUAUCAAAGGGUUCAGCAGUUGCAAGGAGUUUACAGUCUACAUGAUCCUCAUUUCUGGACCCUUUGUACUGAUGUUUACAUAGGGACUCUGAAACUGUUUGUAGCUCCAGAUGCUGAUGCAAAAUGGAUUCUAAGCCAAACUCACAACAUUUUUACGCAGGCUGGAGUAAGACAGCUAUACGUACAGAUUGAUUUUGCCGCUAUGUAGCAAAUACCUUGGACAUUCACUUUGGACCAAAGUUUUUUAGUGCUGUUGUGAUUUAAAACAAUGUACUUUCUUUGGUACAGAGACUCUUUUUCUCUGCAAUUGUCCAAAAUGGAAUACACUGCAGCCUUUUGGCUAGAUGAAGAGAAUAUUGAAAGGACACCAUCCUGGACUACACAGGCUUGACUUUGAGCCCCAAACUUUUGUGGAUCAUUUGCCACAUUUGUUCCUGCAGCAAAUGUAAUAAUAAUGUGGUACUGCAAUCAUUGAUUAUACUUUUUGUGAAGCUCCUGAAGUUACUGCUCAUUCUCAUGAAGCCAGUGUUGUGCAGGGAGGGCGUUUGGGUAAAAAGAAAACAAUAAUUCUGUUCAAAAUGUCACAGUGCUUGACAUUCUACAACGUAACUGUAUGUAAGACUGUUUGUACUUUGCAAACUUUAUGAACCAAACCAUAUUGGGUUUUCAGAGUGCCUUUAUAUCAAAAUAUCUGUCAGCAGAUAUGAAACAUCGGGGAUUUUUAUUAAUUUUUGUGGCUACUACUUGUACCCAGUAGGAUUCUUGCUUGCAACUGGUGUGAAUGUGUAACUGCAUAAUGGUAUAUGUUGAAUAACCUCUUAACUGUUACAUUUUGAACUUCCAUGGAGGUAACUCUUCAAUUUUACAAUACAAAGGUAAAAUGAUUACAAAAACCUUGUUUACACAAUGUUCUGACUACCAUAAAGU